UGAUAUUGACAUCAAAUUGAGAUUUUUAAGUUUGUGACGCGAAAAAAAUUUUAUAUUUUACUAGGCAAACACUUGGCUAAGAAAAUCAAAGGUUUCCCAAGACCACACAGGUCCAGAGAAGGGAAGUAAAGAGCAAGUACCAUGUCCCGAUUUUUGAUAGCUACCAAAGAGCGUCUCCAGAGGGGAUUGCGCUUUGGCCAGAUGUUGAUCCAUAAUACGGUUUCUCAGAAAAUAGCCGCUAAGGCCACGCCUCCUAAGGCGGUCAAGGCCACUCCACCACCACCCCCGUCCACCAAGCCGCCACCAAAAUGUCCUGGAGGCGACAAGAAUAUGAAGCGGAAGCCGGGCUACUUUGCCAGUGGUGGUCAGCACGCGGUGCUCAGUGAUUGCCCAAAGCCAGAGGGCGACUUUAUGAAGGCCUGGUCAGCCAAGAACAGCCGCUAUAACCUUAUCCUUAUCACUGGUUUCCUGGCAGCAGGGGGAACGUUGGGCUUUGCCUUGUCGUCAGGUGUCCUCUGUCUAAAUUGGACCAUUCCCGAGUAUCCCUACAACGAGGAUGAGAUGGAGGAAUUUGAGAUCGAAGAGGAACGCCGACGGGAGGAGAAGGAGGCGCGCGAGGAGCGCCACCAGGACGCAGUGGAGGCCAGGGAGCUGAGCAUACGUCGCCGCCGGGCCAAGGAGGCCAUGGAGAGGGAGGUGGAUCUGAUGCAACGCGACAUGGAUGGCGGCAUCACAGACGCCGAGUUGGAUGAACUGCAGCGCCUGGCCGCCGAGCGCGAGGCCUUCGAGCUGUGGGAGAAGGACGAACUGAAGCGGCUCGAGGAGCAGGAGAAGGAGCGCGAGAAGAUUCGUAAGGAGAAGGCCAAGGUCAAGGCCGAAAGGGACAAGGAGCGCGAAAAGAAGCGGAAGGAGAAGGAGGCGCAGCUCGAGAAGGAGGAGGCGGAGCGCGAGAAAGCCCGCGAAAAGGCGCGCAAGGAACGUGAAAAGGCUGAGAAGGAGAAGCAAAAGGAAAAGGAAAAGGCCGAGAAGGAGGCCAGAAAGGCCGGCUAGUAUGCUCUUAUGCUCCAAUUUAAUUUACUUUGCCAGCAGUAACACCACAAGGGCUUGGAAAAUUCUUUAAUCGUGCAAGUUCAAUAAAAAAUCCAAAUUGGUUGCUGUUGGCCUGAGAUCUGCAUUAGAUAAU